GAAAAGGAGGAGUAGGAGAAGGAAGAAGGAGAAAGUCGGUAGAAAGUUACCAGAGCUUCACGUCAACAUGUUAAAGUGUUCAUAAACCUAUGAAGCUGUGAGCCGCCUUCAAACUUCCCCAAUAUUCACAGAUUCAUCCAACUUGUGUCCACCAAGAGGACGCUGACUUCAUCAGAGAUGGAGAAAGUCAAGAAGGACAUCCUCCACAUUUUAGAGAAGCUCAAGAAGAAGGAGUUCAAAAAGUUCAAGUGGCACCUGGAGAUCUUUUCAAGCCCAGAAUACCCCGGAUCAAUCCGACCCUGUGACCUGGAGAACGCAGACAGGAGGAACACAGUGGACCUGAUGGUUCGGUGCUACAUCAAAGGCUCGGUUCAGGUGGCCAUGAAGGUUUUGAAAGAGAUGCAAAAGAACGAUCUGGCCGAGGAAUUAUCCAAAAUGAACUUUACAGAGAUUUUCACCAAAUGUCAACGUAAACUCAAAUCCAACCUGAAGAAGAGGUUCCAGUCUGUGUUUGAGGGCAUCGCUAAAGCAGGAAACCAAACCCUUCUGAAUAAGAUCUACACAGAGCUCUACAUCACAGAGGGAGGGACUGCAGAGGUCAAUGAAGAACAUGAGGUCAGACAGAUUGAAACAGCAUCCAGGAGACCACACAGACCAGAAACAACCACCAGACUAGAAGACCUCCUCAAAGCCUCAGCUGGAGGAGAAGAACCAACCAGAACAGUGAUGACUAAGGGAGUGGCUGGCAUUGGGAAAACAGUGUUAACACAGAAGUUCACUCUGGACUGGGCUGAAGACAAAGACCACCAGGACAUACAGUUCACAUUUCCAUUCACCUUCAGAGAGCUGAAUGUGCUGAAGAAGAAGUUCAGCUUGGUGGGACUUGUUCAUCACUUCUUCAGUGAAACCAGAGCAGCAGGAAUCUGCAGGUUUGAAGAGUUCCAGGUUGUGUUCAUCUUUGACGGUCUGGAUGAGUGUCGACUUCCUCUGGACUUCCACAACAAUGAGAUCCUGACUGAUGUCACAGAGACCUCCUCAGUGGAUGUGCUCCUCACAAACCUCAUCAGGGGGUACCUGCUUCCCUCUGCUCGCCUCUGGAUAACCACACGACCUGCAGCAGCCAAUCAGAUCCCUCCUGAGUGUGUUGGCAUGGUGACAGAGGUCAGAGGGUUCACUGACCCCCAGAAGGAGGAGUACUUCAGGAAGAGAUUCAAAGAUAACAAGCAAGCCAGCAGGAUCAUCUCUCACAUCAAGACCUCACGAAGCCUCCACAUCAUGUGCCACAUCCCAAUCUUCUGCUGGAUCACUGCUGGAGUUCUGGAGGUGUUGAAGACCAGAGAGGGAGGAGAUCUGCCCAAGACCCUGACUGAGAUGUACAUCCACUUCCUGGUGGUUCAGUCCAAAGUGAAGAAGGUCAAGUACGAUGGAGGAGCUGAGACAGAUCCUCACUGGAGUCCAGAGAGCAGGAAGAUGAUCGAGUCUCUGGGAAAACUGGCCUUUGAUCAGCUGCAGAAAGGCCACCUGAUCUUCUAUGAAUCCGACCUGACAGAGUGUGGCAUCGAUAUCAGAGCAGCCUCAGUGUGCUCAGGAGUGUUCACUCAGAUCUUCAGAGAGGAGAGAGGACUGUACCAGGACAAGGUGUUCUGCUUCGUCCAUCUGAGUGUUCAGGAGUUUCUGGCUGCUCUUCAUGUCCAUCUGACCUUCUUCGGCUCUGGUGUCAAUCUGCUGUCAGAAGAACAAACAACUUCACUGGAGUCUAAACGCUUCAAACCCAAUCCUGAACCAAUGCGUCUCUACCAGAGAGCUGUGGACGAGGCCUUACAGAGUCCUAAUGGACACCUGGACUUGUUCCUCCGCUUCCUCCUGGGUCUUUCCCUGGAGACCAAUCAGAGUCUCCUACGAGGUCUGCUGACAGGAAGUAGCUCAGAGACCGAUGAGGAGAUAGUCGACUACAUCCAUGAGAAGCUCGAUGAGACUCUGUCUCCAGAGAAAAGCAUCAAUCUGAUCCACUGUCUGAAUGAACUGAAUCAUGUUUCUCUAGUGGAGGAGAUACAAAAGUUUCUUAGAACAGGACAUCGCAAUGACGAUGAACUGUCUCCUGCUGAGUUGUCAGCUCUGCUCUUCAUCUUACUGUCAUCAGAAGAAGUUCUGGAGGUGUUUGACCUGAAGAAAUAUCAUGCUUCAGAGGAGGCUCUUCUGAUUCUGCUGCCACUCGUCAAAACCUCCAACAAAGCUCUGUUGUCAGGCUGUCACAUCACAGAGAAAGGCUGUGCGUCUCUGGCCUCAGCUUUGACCUCUGACCCCUCCCCUCUGAGAGAGCUGGACCUGAGCUCCAACCAUCCAGGAGACUCAGGAGUGAAGCUGCUGUGUGAUGGACUGGAGAGUCCUCACUGCAGACUGGAGACUCUCAGAUUCAGUGGCUGUAACCUCUCAGAGGGAAGCUGUGAAGUUCUCUCCUCAGUCCUCAGCUCCCAGUCCUCUAGUCUGAGGGAACUGGAUCUGAGUAACAACGACCUGCAGGAUUCAGGAGUGAAGCUGCUGUGUGAUGGACUGAAGAGUCCACACUGUCACCUGGAGACUCUCAGACUCAGUGGCUGUAACCUCUCAGAGAGAAGCUGUGAAGUUCUGUCCUCAGUCCUCAGCUCCCAGUCCUCUAGUCUGAGGGAACUGGAUCUGAGUAACAACGACCUGCAGGAUUCAGGAGUGAAGCUGCUGUGUGAUGGACUGAAGAGUCCACACUGUCACCUGGAGACUCUCAGCCUGUCAGGCUGUCUGAUCACAGAGGAAGGCUGUGCUUCUCUGGUCUCAGCUCUGAGAUCCAACCCCUCCCACCUGAGAGAGCUGGACCUCAGCUACAACCAUCCAGGAGACUCAGGAGUGAAGAUGCUGUCUGAUGGACUGAAGGAUCCUCACUGGAGACUGGAGACUCUCAGGGUGGAGCCUGCUGGAGUCCGAUGGAUGACACCAGGUCUGAGGAAGUAUUCCUGUGAACUCACAAUCGACACAAACACAGUUCACAGAAACCUCCAACUGUCUGACAACAACAGGAAGGUGACACAUGAGGAGGAGUAUCAGUCAUAUCCUGAUCAUCCAGACAGAUUUGACUCCUGGCCUCAGCUGCUGUGUAGAACUGGUCUGACUGGUCGCUGUUACUGGGAGGUCGAGUGGAGCGGAGACGUUGAAGUAUCAGUGAGUUACAGAGGAAUCAAGAGGAAAGGACGCAGUGACUGUUGGUUUGGAUUCAAUGAUCAGUCCUGGAGUCUGAUGUGCUCUUAUGGAGGUUACUUUUUCCGUCACAAUAAGACAGAAACACGCAUCACCUCCUCCUCCUCCUCCUCCUCCUCUGGUAGAGUAGCAGUGUAUGUGGACUGUCCUGCUGGCUCUCUGUCCUUCUACAGAGUCUCCUCUGACUCACUGAUCCACCUCCACACCUUCAGCACCACAUUCACUGAACCUCUUUAUCCUGGGUUUGGGUUCUGGUCCGGUUCUGGUUCCUCAGUGUCUUUGUGUCCUCUUUAGGACGGAGAGUCUCCUCCUGGUGGAGAACCUUCCUCUCUGCUCACCACAUAGUUCAGUGUGUACAGCUGAUGGAGGUCCAUGUGAGGGGUACCUGAGCUGGUCUGGACUCUGGAGGUCCACAGCUCUCUGGGUCUUGUGGUGUCUGAUGGAACCAGUAGAUCAUCAUUUAGAUGUUGGCUCCUAAUUGUGGUUUAAUGUUAAUCUUUAUGUGUAACACACAUGAAUCUGUAGGAUAAAUCCUUCAUUUAUUCAUGCUGACAAAAGCAAGGAUUCUGAUGAAAAUAAGUCCAAUAUGAACGUGGGAUUCUUUUUGAGAUGAUUUUACCUUCAAAUCUUUCAAAGUGAAAUUAAAGAUAAUUUCACAUAAUCAGCUUUAAUGAUAUCGUUUUCAUUAACGUUGUAUAAAAGUAUUACUUUAAGUUAACAGGAAUAUAAUUAUGCUUCUGCACCUUUCUGGGGGGAGUCUGCAGGUUCUCUGCCCCCCCCCCCGACUGUCCCUCAUGUACUUGUGUCCAUGUUGCGAUGCAGAGAACAUCUGGAAAGCUGCUGCAUGUCGUGUUCUUUGUAAAGUUGUGUUUGUUUAUCUGCUGCUUAAUAAACUUGAUUUGAUCAAAGGUCUGAUGAUCAAUAAUAGAAAUUCUGAUGGACACACAGACACAAUGAAGCUCCUGGUUCUACGUGGUCAUCUACACACACACAUAUGAUCCAUAAGCUGAUACAGUACAUCCAUCCUCAGAACUAUUCAUUGGGAUCAACUAGACUCUUUGGGCUUGUUUCUAUCUUCUUAUUCUGAAGGAUGAGAUCAUUCUUCUCAUUGGAUGAAGAUGCCUCCAUGAAGCCUCCUGCCAUCAGGCCCAUUUAAAGAAGUAGAAUCAGAUGGAUUAGAGUGAAGAGGCAUUAAAAUGAGCCGUUACAUCUAAACACUCACAUUUAACUUGUAGGAGAACACGACCCUUCUCUCUCAGAAGGAGGCGCAGGUACUGAUUCAGGCUCUUGUCAUCUCCUGGACUAUUGUAACUGUCUCCUGGCAGGUCUCCCUGCUCCAUUCCACCUCUGCAGCUCCUCCAGAAUGCAGCAGCUCCACUGGUCUUCAACCUUCCCAAGUUCUCCCACACUCCUCCACUCCUCCUCUCUUUACUGGUUACCAGUGGCUGCCUCAUCCAGUUCAAAGCACUGGUGCUCACGUAGCAUGCUGUGAAUGGAUGGGGUCCAGUCUCCAUCCAGGACCUGGUGAAACCCUCCAUCCCAACAUCAAGCUGCUUGUUCCUCACUGAGAGCAAAACACUGGACUAGAUCUCCACUCUUUGCUGUCCUGCUGCUAGAUGGUGGAAGGAGCUCUGUGAUGACAUCAGGACCACAGAGAGCCUUCACAUCUUCACACUAAAGACACU